AUGGCCACCUCCCUGGUCUGCGCCUGCUCGCCGCGGAUUUGGAGCCUCGAUUCCGGUUGCGUCCCACGGCCACUGCUCCCGCUCACCGGCGUCCUCCUCGCGCCUCCGCGGCGUCCCGGCCCACGACUGCGGCUCCGCUGGAGUGCGCCCGAACCCCGCCGCCCCGCGGGCUCUCCUUCCCCCGGCGGCCCCGUUGGCCGCUCCGCCGGGAUCUCCCAGCCCGGCGCCGGGUGCAGUGUCACUGGGGCCGCCCGGGGGCCGUUGUCCCGACCCCGGCGCAGACUCCCCGCCGAGCUACCCCGGCAGCUUCUCCAGCAAAGGUUCAAGACCCCUGAGCCCUCUCGGCGCACCCCCGCGUACCCCGGGUCCGGGUUCGGUUCCGAGGGCUCACUCACCGCGGCUGGAGACACGCUGGAGUUUGCUGGGUUUGGGGGAGGAGGAGGAUGGGAGCGGUCUCCCGAGCACCUUCCCCCGGCUGUAACGGGCAGGGGAAGGCGGGGCGCCCGGGGAGGGGCUGCCUUCCCUGGCCGGCCGGGGCCGGGAGCCGGGGCGCGCCGGCGCCUCCCCUGCGCGGCGCCCUCCUCUCCUUCCGCCAAGCCCGCCCCUCGGGGGCCCGCGCCCCCCCAGCCCCGGCCGGCCCGCCCUCCCGCCGCAACUGGGCUCGGCUUUCCCCUGGCUCCGGGCUUCCUGCGAACCCAAGAUAGCGCUCCGGGCCACGUGGGCCGCCGCGGGCCCGGCGCAGGCCGGCCGGGAGACGCCGGAGGCGGCGCGGGGACCCGAUCGCCGCUCGGUGAGGGAGUCUGCGGAGACAGCUCCGCGGCUGCCCGCGCGGAUGCCGCCGCCCGCCGGAUGGUGGGGCUCGGGCGGAGCGGCCAGAUGGCCGGGCACCCGGGGUGUCAGGCCCAGGGAGGAGGCGACGGCAGCGCGCGGAGAAGACGCGCGGGUGCCCAGAAGAGCCCGCGCCGCCUUCACGGUGGCGAGAUGGGGCCGAUCCCCCGGUCGGCGACCGGGCAGAGCCACCGACUUCCUCUAAGGGCGAGGAUUUCGAGAAUCCUUUUUUUUCCCCCCACACGCAUGAGAUGUCUGGAGCAGCAGCAACCAUCUUGGGGUCAUGAGACCUGCCUGAGAAUGAUGGGGUUAAAAGAGAAAGAUCUUUGAUCUCCAACAGCAUCAAUGAGCAGUGGAAUCAAUGCUGGUAACACCUUAUCUCGGGAUCUCUUGUUUUGUGAAAGAAAACAAGCAUCAAUACUCAGACUUAUUUAUUUAAGCUACCAUAGUUAGUUUCAUUGUUGUUGUUACUUGCAGCCCAAGUGCAACCCUAGCUGAUAAUGGGUGGGUGAUGGCAAUCUCCAAAAUAUGGAGUCUCCUAGGAAGGAGGAGAGAUGAGUACCAUUUUUACAUGUCACUUUUCCCUUUCUUGUGGGACAUCCAGUUACAGCUUGUCCUGGUUACCUAUUGUUGCAUAACGAAACACCCCGAAACUUAGAGACAUAAAACAAUAGAUAUUUUGUUAUGCUCAUGGAUUCUGGGUGGUCAGGAAUUUAGCCAGAACCCAGAAGGGAUGACUCUUCUCUGCCCCCACUAUGUCUGGGGAGACUUGAAACUGGGGUACUCAAACGGCUGAGGCUGGAGUCCUCUGGCGGCUUCUUCACUCUAUGUCUGGGACCAGGACUGGGCCGACUUGAAGGCUGGACUCCGCUGGGCAUGUCCACCAGAGCACAUCCGCGUGGCCUCUCCACGCCUGGGGCUAAGGUCUGAGAGCGAGCAUCCAGGAGUGAGCCUUCCAGGAGAACAGGGUUGGAGCCACAGGCCUUUUAUGACCUAACUUCAGAGGGAAAACAGCAUCACUUCACUGUACUCUUAUUAUUCGAGCAGUCACAAGCCAAUGGGGAAGGGAUCUAGACUCCACCUUUCUAUGGGAGAAUGUGCAGAAUUUGGAGCCAUGUUUUAAAAAGCCACACAGCCACAGACAGCUGCAUUUCCAGGAUUGGGGAGCUGGGCUGGAUUCACAGAGGAGCAAUCAGGUGGUGGUGGAAGCCAGGUGCGAAUGAGAUCACCUGAAGAGAGUGUGGAAAAUGGAAAGAGGGCCAAGGACAGAGCCCUGAGGACAUGGUGGUUCUCGGUAAAUGUUUGUGGAAUAAAUGAUUCAUCGAGCACUUGAUUCUGUAUCGAUAACCACCCCCUUCUCCAUCAGAGGUCUCUGAUCUGGCCCCCAGCAGGAGAAUUAUUACAGAUGACUGAGCCACCCGGAGGAAGGAGACAAUCACCAGAGUCCAGACAAGGAACACUUAGAGCCCCCCUUCUCAAACUUUAAUGUGCAUAAGAGGGUUUGGGGAGACUUAUUCAAAAUAUAAGGCCCUUGGCCUCUGUCCCAGAGAUUCUGAAUUCAGUAGACUUGCAGUGAGAUCAAGCAAACUGCCUUUCUGAACAAGUUCCUUCUGUUGUACGGCGGCAGGGGCUGGGUGGGCUGCAGUUAGAGACAGAACAGUGCUCAGCGCUCAGCCACAGAUCCCGGUGGGGCCCGGGGCCCAGGUCUUUUGCUAAGAUGCCCUGGCUUCCAUUCCUGGCUUUGCUCCUUUGUAGCCACCUGACUGUUGACAGUUUACCUCUUCUGACAUCAGUCUUCUUGACUGUAUAAUUAGGAGGUUAAGGUAGAGCUUUGUUUUCAAACUAUGUUCUGUGGGACCUGAGGGCUUUCACAGUGGGCACCCAUAUGCAUGAAUAAAUUUAGCAAAUGCUCAUUGAGCGUUGGCUGUAUGCCAGGCCCUGGGCUGGAUACGGGGAUACGGCGUGGGCACUGCACCUGCCCUCAGGGAGCUGGCGUUCUAGCAGAGGAGGGCAGGAGUUACGAAUGAAUGAUUGAUAGUCAUCAUGCAAAGUGCUUCAGAGGAGAAGCACAAGGUGCCGUGAGAAGGGAGAUGAGAAGGAGCAGACAAAGAUGCCUUAAAUUACGUGUAUCAGCUUCCAUGUGGGUUGCCGUUUGGACAAAACUUUCCAAUAUUUGAAGCCACCAUCUCAGAUGACCUCUGCGGGGCCUUGUGACUGGAAACCUUUUGUGCCUUUAUGUUUGUCUAUGAUUACCCCACUGUGUAAAGCCAAAACAGGCAGAAUGCAAUUGCUGGAUUUGAAAUCUGUGCAAUACCCCUAGGUUAGCAUCUUCAUUCUUGAAAAUAAAUUGAGCGGCUCUUCAGAGAUUCAAAGUGUUCUAUGCUAUGGCCUUGUGACAUUUAAAAAUCAGCACCUUAACCUGGGAGACUGAGGGAGAGGACAGACAGAGCGGACUGAUGUGCAGCCCUGCUCGAUGGGGGAAGCAGCAAGGCCUCGAGACCAGAGUGGAGUCUGGAGCGUGUGUUCUUGGCAUUGGGCAGGCCACUUAGACUUCUAAGUCUUCCCUUUCUCAUCUGCAGAAAAGAGACUCACAGUAUCUGCCUGUCCUUUAAGGAGAGGGAUUGUAGACAUGAAAUACUAGCUCAGUGCCAGGUACUUAGUAAGCAUUCAGUAAAUGGUGGCCAUUACUAAUUCAAGUAUCUUUCUUCUGCAUUAUUGUACUUGUCAACAUUCCUGCAAAUGUAUUUUAUAAAUGAGAAUGGAAAGUUACAUGGUUUGGUAGUUGCCAGAUCUCAGGCCUCUGCCUCCCCAAGGAAGAAAGCUCUGUCAUUCUCUCCUUUAAAAGCCAUCCUGUGAUGGGGGCCUUAAUUUUGAAUUUGCAUUUUUUUUUUUGUUUGUUUGCAAAGAAGAACAUGUUUUUCUCCCAGUUAAAACCAAGUCUGUAUAUCCCAUUUAGAAAAUAAGGUGUCUAUAUUUGAAAGGAAUGAAGAUAAAAUCCAUAUAGGUUGUUGAAAAUAAAAAGGAUGCCCUGAAAUAGUUUCUCUAUUUUCAUUUGUAACUUAAGAGGUUAACUUUCGUGGCUGUCUUUUUUCUUUUGUUUUUAAUAGUUAAGACAAUACAGAGAGCACACAGCACGCAGGGAGGGAGGCCCUCUCUCACUUAGUGGUUUGGGGAAUGGAGCUACUGUGUGAAUGAGGGCAAGACAUCUAGCCUCAGCUUGAUUAUCCCUAAAAUGGGGAUGAUGAUGUAUCAGCCUUCAAGGAUGAUUGGGAAGGUUAAAUGAGGUUAUGCAUUAAAUGGGCCAUGCAUAUAGGAAGUGCUUAGUAUGUCAGCUGUUGCUAUUUUUAUGUGCAUCAAUUUACCAAAUGUUUUGGUGGUGCCUUUAAUGAUCUGCAUUUAAUAAUCCUGGAAGCAGCUAAACCUAUCUGGAGGUUAUGUCAGGAGCUCUGGCCUCAAUUUUAGGAGAUAGAUGUGGUUUGAAUCUUGGACCUGCCACUAAUCUUGGGUGUGAAUAUGGCAAAAUCAUUUGAGUUGUUAGGGUGACCUCAGGACUAUGGUCUAAAGCCAGACAUGGGGAGAAAGCUGAAUUCAACUGGGCAGGAAAACAGCUGGACAGUGAAGAAUCUUGUGCAGUGUUCAGAAUUUCAUCCAAGCAAAUCAGGUCAUAGUGUUUUAGCAGUUAGGAUUAGGCUUGGCUGCCGAAAACUCAACAAAACAGUGGCUAAGACAAGAUAGGAGUUAAUUUCUCUCCCUUUAAAGCACAGGUGAACAAGGCUAGUAUGCUUUCCUACAGUAUCAGGAACCAGGAGUCAUCCACCUUUUUGUUUUACCAAGUGCAUGCCAUACAGCCCCAAAUUUACCUCGUGGUCCAGGUUGGUUGCUCCAGUUCCAGCCAUCACAUCUUUGUUGCAGGCAUUCUAGGAGGUUAAAGUAUAGCCUUUACCUUUAAGGACAUUUCCUGAAGAUUCCCCUCACCAUUUCUGCUCAAACUUAUUUCCCAGGUAACCCCUAGCUGUCUACCUGAAAGGGAUGCUGGUAAAAACAUUCCCUAUCCUAGGGACACAUGUGUUGAGUCAGAGAUUCUAUUGCUACAAAGAGGGGGGAUGCAUAUUUGGGAUAAAGUAGCAGUUUGUGUGUAGGUUUAAAAGAGUUUAGAUCACUGAACUUAGAUCAGGGACAAAGGUGCAGAAACUGGAUCCAUCUGUAAAGUGUGGACUUGGAGUUGCUUGUUGCCAUAGCAACUAGAAAAAAGAUUUAGGAUGCCCAACUUUGAUGGAGAAAAAACCGCUUAUGCCCUUCACAUGCUGUGUUCUGGCCAAAAAUCUAUGGCUGAUAAGCUCAGAAGGUCAGAAUGGUACUUGCUUGUGCUAUUAACACAACUGUUUAGUCUCCUAGUGCUAAGCGCCUUUCCACCCUGGGAAAGUUUAGAAUCUAUAUAGAGAUGGGAAAAUGAAUCACAGAAAUAAUAC